AUGACUACUGUGGCUCCUUUGGAGAUUCGAAUUUUCUCCGACCUGGUGAACAAGGCUAGAGUUGUUGAGGAAUAUACAAAGACGGUAGCCUCGUCAAAGGACCCUCGUGGAGGAAACACUAGUCGGGGACGUGGCAAGUACUUUCAACCGAGGGGGCAAAAUUUCAAGAGAGGAGGACACACUCUACAAGGUCAAGGAGGCUUCAGAAAUAACACUUAUGGCCAAUACCAGCGUGGAAAAGGGAGAGGGAAUCAGAGUAAGGUUUCUCCGAAUUUAACUUAUAAUCGUUGUGGGCGUUUUCAUCCAUAUGACUCUUGCAAGAUUGGUAUAGGUGGUUGUUUCAAUUAUGGUUUGCCUGGUCAUAUUGCGAGGGACUGCACUCAUGGGAGGAAUCGGAAUGUGAGUCUGAGUCAACAUCAAGGGCGAGUAUUUGUUGUGAACGCCAAGGAUGCUUCUAAGGCAGAUCCUCUAAUGAGAGGUAACUGUUUAAUUGGUGAUAAAAUCUUGGUUGCAUUGUAUGAUACUGGAGCUUCACAUUCAUUUAUUUCAUUUGACAAAGUUGAGGAACUAUGCUUGAAAGUGUCAGAAUUGGCAUUUGAAUUGCAUGUACAUACUCCGCAUCAGAUGGUCAUGACUAGGUCAGGUUGUAGACAAGUAGGUUUCAAGCUUGAGAGUAGGGACUUUGUGCAUGACUUGAUUUGUUUACCAAUGGUUAGGUUGAAGAUGAUUUUGGGGUUUGAUUGGUUGUCAAAGAAUCGGGUUUCAUUGGAUUGCUUUGAGCGGUCAAUUCAGUUUAUGCCGGAAGGAGAAAAUGGAGCAGUGGUAGCUGAGGGUUAUUUCCAAAAUUCCGUGAUGGUGCACUGUAGUGGGGAGGAGUGUCAGGGUUAUAUAUUGUUGGCUACGAAUGUGUUAGGUGAUAAUCAGAAGUUAAAUCAAAUCUCGGUAGUUAGAGACUUUUCAGAAGUGUUCCCAGAAGAUAUUCCUGAGUUCCCACCUCAGAGAAAGAUUGAAUUUGGGAUUGAAUUGGUACCGGGAGCCAGACCAGUAUCGAUUGUGUCGUAUAGGAUGGCUUCGAUAGAGCUGGCUGAAUUAAAGACUCACUUGGAAGAGCUCCUGAACAAGAGGUUCAUUCGACUGAGCGUAUCUCUGUGGGGAGUGCCAGUUUUACAAAGUGACUUUGUGAAGAACAAGUAUCCACUGCCAAGGAUAGAUGACUUGAUGGAUCAACUACAAGGAGCUGGAGUGUUUUCCAAAAUUGAUUUGAGAUCCGGUUACCAUCAGAUAAGGGUAAAACAGGGAUAUUACAAAAACUGUGUUUAG